ACCCUUCAAUUUCAUAUUCUAUAUAUAUGUAUAAUCAAUCCCUUUCCUCCCAAGUUAGCGUCUCCAUUGAUCAAUUGAGCUUUCAUUCAUUCAAAUUCAAAUUUUAUUUAAGAAAACAAAACUAACCCACUAUUUAGGGUUCCGACAGAUCCCCAAUCAAAUCAAUUUGCCGUCUCAAUUGAUCCAUCCUAAACAAAAAAAAUCUCUCCUUUCUAUCAAAGUUUGGUUAUUUAUAGCCAAAGAUUUUCUGGGUCGUUGUGAAUUUUUGUUGGGUAUUUCUGAUUUGGGAGAUUUUGAAGCUUUGUUUGUUGCAAUGGCUGCUGUGGCUGCUGGUAUUGUUGGUGGUAAUGGGUCAUCUGGUUCUUGGAUGCAGUUCAGGAACAAGGAGAGGAAGCAGGCUAAGGCUAACAGGGCAAGGGUUAGUUGUUCCUAUUCUUCUUCUGUGAUGGAUCCUUAUAAGACCUUGAAGAUUCAACCUGGUGCCUCUGAAACUGAGGUCAGGAAGGCUUUCAGGCAGCUUGCUUUGCAGUAUCAUCCAGAUGUAUGCAGAGGGAGCAAUUGUGGGGUGCAGUUUCAUCUGAUCAAUGAGGCUUAUGAUGUUGUGAUGGCCAAUUUGAGAGGAGAAUCAAAUGAGGCAGAAACGUAUGGGGCGUAUGAAGUAGUGACUGAUGAACCGUUUAGGGGAAUGCAUGAUCCAGAUUAUGACAUGUGGGAAGAGUGGAUGGGUUGGGAAGGAGCAGGAAUCCGUGACUACACUUCUCAUAUCAAUCCUUACAUCUGAAGAAAUGUUUAUUAAUUAACUAGUCUUUCAAUCAUUGUAAUGCAUUAGUUAUAAUGAGUUUGGACCUACUUGUCCCCAUCCAUAGUGGUUGGGGUUGUUUAAUUUGUACAUAGUUCAAGUGAUGAUUGUAAAGUCCCCGCUGCAUAAUUGAAGUUGAGGAGGUGACUAAUUAUUGUCAA